AUGGACCCAGUCGAAGAUCUGACCGCUGAGGUCGACGAACCACCCGACGAACUCAAUCACGCUUCCCACAUCCAUCACGCUUUUGACAAAGCCAACCCGCGCAUGUUAAAUCGGAGGGAGUCGCUUCUCACUCGACAAUUGCAUUCCGAGACCGAACACACAGACGAGGAGGACAUGUCUCGGAGACCGCCACGUGCGCUCAGUACACAAUCGACUUGGAGCAACCCAUCCGUGGCCUCCACCGCAGAGCUCACGAGCGAUGAUGGCCACAGCGUUGCAAGCCCUGCCAUCAGCCCUCUUCUCCCGCCCACCCACGUCCGAAGUAUCAUACCGAUCAGCGAGAAGCCAAUGCCUUUGACCAAGGAGCCUCAGAUCAUUGGACAUGAGGAGAAGGUCGCCGAGACUGCCCCAGAGAAGUCUGUUGAGGAAGGCCUGGGACGAAAGCGAUGUAUCAGCUUCGCUUGUGGUAACAAGGAGAAGACGGCCCCUACAUCACAACCUGUGCCGUCUCCGCCAAAGGAGGUCGAGCCGCAGAGCUCAGAACCGCCAAAGCGGAAAUGUACGCUCAAGUUCGUCUGUCCAACCCGUGGCGGUGCCGAAGCCAAACGUGUGGAUAAGGCGUCCAUCGGCCCACGACGUCCAGUAAGCCCAGCGCCUCCGGAGCGGAAGUCUUUGAAAGGAGACGAGGCCAAAGCACAUCGAGGAUCUGACAGCACUGUUACCCAUGUAUCUCCGCGCAGCGUUCGGAAGACUCCCGUAAUCGUCACCACUACCGGGACACCAGCUACACCCAACGUCGGGAUGUCAACCCAACGCAAAUUGUCCAACGAUUCAGACAUGAGCACUGCCGCUACCCGCUUUCACGAGUUCGCCUCUAGUGAAGACGAGCCGGAGGAAUGGGUCCAGGAGUCUACAUGCCACCGGAGCCGGCUGACCGUGAGUGACACUUUGCAGAAAGAGAACAUCAUCCGUAAAGCUUGCGAAGAGGUAGAAGAGGAGGUGGUUGCGGAGGAAGAGGAGGAAGAUGAAGACGAGGAUAAUCUGGAUGACGGAGAUGACGACGAUGCCGAUAACGACGAUGAGGAAGAUGGCAUUGAAGCCGAAGAGGAGUCUGACGAUGGCUUUCACACGGAUGACGAGGAUGGAUUUGCUGAGUCGGACUCUGAAGGCGAAGAGAGCGACGAGGAUUGGUGGAGACCAGGGGCUCUAUCAACUGCAGCGACUUCGAUUGAUCACCUGGACCGCCUAGCUCUGGCCAAGAAGGACAACACCGCCCCAUCUUCGUCUGUGGGAUCUGCCAGCUCAAUGCACUCGGGCAAUCACUUCGCUCGACCUGUCCCGAAGAAUGUUCAUCGCAGACACCACAAGCUCAAUGUGCCUAUGCGUACUCGUGCGGCCCCCGUGGAUCUUCCAGACUCGACCGACUUCGUCUGUGGCACUUUAGACGAAGAUCGUCCAUUGGAGCAAGCAUACCUGAAUCACUUGAAAGAGAAAGAGGCUGCCAGGCACAAGGCACGACCUCAGGAUAUUGACCCUAGCUUUCCUACUUCGGACCCAGAGCUUGACGAGGAGGAUGAUGAAGACCUUAUUGACUCCGAAAGCGAAAAGGAAAAUCUGAUACACGGAGAGCUCGAGGAACUCGACGGUGACCUGACUGCUCGACGUCGAGCUUCGCCUCGUCCUCGUGCACGAAGCAACGCUCAUCGCUCGCCGCCACCACCUGUCCGUCACCGAUCUCCAGCUCCGGGGCCGCUGAAACGUCAGUCGACCGCUCGUUCCCCUCCGCCUCCAGUCCGGAGAAACACGGCCCGUUCUCCACCACCUCGCAAACUGUUCGGUCAUUCGCCAAAUCGUGCCCGGUCGCCUGCACCCGUCAAUAUGAUGACUUCACCGCCAAACACCCGUCGCGCAUCGCCCUCGACUGGGCAUGCCUUUGAGGCUACCGCAGAUAUACUUGCCAGCCGACCACAGCUUACUCACACCGCAUCCCUUCCUCGCGGUGGCUUCAUGCUUGGCAAAAUGAGCUCCCUUCGGACCGGUGAAUUGGUAGCGGAAGACGUCGUUGGUGAUAACGUCAAUGGAGACAUCCCGAAGCGUGGCGCGAUUGACAUUUUCAAAGGGCUCGAAAAGAAACGCCAGCGCAGGAAGGAGAAGCUCUACCAAAAAGCUUGUGCCAAGGCUGCCGCCAAAGGCGAGAAGGCUUACAAAGUCAAGCCUGGCAAAGGCGCUGAGCGCAUGCGAGAAGUAGGGCUUGAGCUCCAGCGCUACCACGGCAAGGGAGAGCACAUCCUGUCAAUGUAG